CUAGAAAACCUCUGGAGCUAUGGAGAUGAUGCAGGAUUCGUUCCAGGUCCAUAGGAUUCCACAAUCGAAGUAUGUCGAUGGAGUUAGAUGGCUUCCACAAGCUUCUGCUUUGAAUCGUUUCUUCGCAACAUCGUUCUAUGACCCGGAUUGUGAUUCUUCAUCAAUCGAGAUCCAAUCGCUCGACCCAAACCCUAGAGGGAAUCAGAACCCAAACCCGUUAAUCGAGUCUUUAUCUUCAUGGACUUCACCUUCUCGCGUUUCUUCACUGGAAGUCGCCGGAAAUGGCGGUGGAGGCGGUUCAUUCAAACCUAUGGUGUCAGCAGCCACGUCUUCUGGUUCUCUUCACGUGCUGAUGGUUGAUUUGGUGGAAGGAGCUGCGAUUGAAGAGGUUUACGUGGCGGAAGGGGAGAGGUUUCAUGUCGGACGCGUGGAAGGUGUGGAUUGGAGAGAGGGAGGAGAAUGUGUGACUGUUGGUGAAGAUGGGAGAGUGACUGUAGUGAAGAUUGUGAAUGGUGAAGGUUUAAGAUAUAGAAAGGUCUUUGAUGGGAAUGGAUUGGUGGCUUAUAGAGCUGUGAAAUGGGCGUCUCCGACUGAGUUUGUUACUGGAGGAUAUGGUUUUGGUUUGCAAUUGUGGGAUCAGAGGAAGUCUGGUGAAGCUGUCUCACAGCUCAAAGGGAAUUGGUUUCAAGGAAAAACUUCUGCAAUCGUCCACUCCAUUGACAUUCAUCCAUCUCGGAAGCACACUUGCAUUGCCGGAGGUUCUUCAGGUACUGUAUUUGCUUGGGAUCUUCGAUGGCCGCAGCAGCCCAUCGUUCUUUCUGGUGUUGGAGCAAGUGAGAAUAUAAACAAUCCUCUGUCUGAAAGUGAAGUGUGGGAGGUUCAAUAUGACUCGUACACAAAAUCCAACAUCUCUUCAUCAAGAAUUCUCCCUGUUAUGACCUGCUCUGAAGAUGGAAUCCUUGGUGUCAUCGAACAAGGGGAAGAACCGAUCGAGCUUCUAGCUGAACCUUGUGCCAUUAACAGUUUUGACAUCGACAGACAAAAUCCACAGGAUGUGAUCUGUAGCUUAGAGUGGGAAUCGAUUGCAGUUUUCUCGAGGCCUUAAGACAUGGUUGAACGAAGCCGCAGCUUCAAACUACCCGGAGCUGAGACAAUUGAUCUAAGAAUCGCUCUUUAUGAGCGCAAAGAAGUAAUUGAGAGGCUCCAAGAUGAGUUGAAUGCAGAGAGAGAAGCAUCUGAAACGUCAGCGAACGAGGCCAUGUCCAUGAUUCUUAGGCUGCAAGGAGAGAAAGCUGAGCUAGCAAUGGAAGCUGGUCAGUACAAGAGAAUGGUUGAAGAGCAAAUGUCUCACGCUGAAAUGUCGUUUGCGCUAUUGGAGGAUGUGAUUUACCAGAAAGAGAUUGAAGUCACUGCUCUUGCUUAUCAAGUGGAAGUUUAUAGAAGCCAGCUUUUGAGCUUGGGGUUUAGUGAUUUGAAUAGCUUAGAUGUUAAGCUUCAAGAGAAUGAUGAUCAUGAUGAUGAGAAUAUUAUGAAGAUGAAUGAUUUGUCAUUGAGUGAUAGAUCUCAAACACCCUCUUCUGAAUUGGUUACAGAUUUUUCGAUUCCCGAGGAGAAGGAAGUUAUUGAGCAGAGCUUGGAAUCACAGAAGAGUUCAUUAGAUGUGUAUUGGGAGCAGAUCAAGAAACUGAAUGAGCAAGUGAAAGAGCUUACAGGUUUUAGAGAUUCGAUGCGAGAUCAGCACAUGAAUUUAGUGUCUGAAUCUGAUUUAAACAAGGGAGAAGAAGAUUUUGCAAGCUCAUCAAACUUUCAAGAAGAUACAAAAGAAAGAAAAAAGGAAGCAAAGGAUUUGUAUAAAACUGAUGACACAAUGAUGAUAAAGGUGUCAAAGCAGACAAAGAUGGAGAAGAAAUCAUCUAAACAGACAAGAGACAGAAGCGGUAAGAGAAACCGUGCAGAGUAUCAAGCUGAAUUGCAGCGGUUGAGACAGAGAGUAGAGCGGCUUGAGCGAGGAAAAACUAACACAGAGCCUGAAACUAGUGGAGCGAUUAAGCAAGAAGAGAUAAUAAGUCUACUGAAGGAAGUGAAGGAGGAGCAAAGUUUUGUGCAAUCAUCUGAAGUAAAGAAGAGCUUGAAUACAAUGGAGAAUUUACAACCUUGGGUCGACCCAACCAUUAUUUCUGUUCAAGAGGCAAUGCUUUACUUCUGGCUAUGAGACAAAGAAAAAAAAAAGGUACAAGCAAAUUUUGGUGUUUAUUUUGAGUGUAUAUCAUCAUUGUGUACUGUUUUUGUUUGCCUAAAGUAGAAAUGUGUAAAUCUUUGUAUAAAGCCUCACAAUUGUA